GGUGAUUUAAAGGUGCCACGGCCCUUUUCUCGCUAUGCUGCUGCAAGUUGGACUUUCGUUGCUCGCCAGGCGUGCUCUGCUAAGGAAGAGCCUCUCCUUCACAGCUUCUUGCAAUAGACCGGUCGCCUUCAUGUCCACCUUGCUGAUCAACCAAGCCCAGUACGCGUGGUUGAAAGAAUUGGGGCUUCGAGAAGAAAACGAGGGAGUUUACAAUGGCUCCUGGGGAGGAAGAGGAGAGGUUGUGACAACCUACUGUCCUGCAAAUAAUCAGCCCAUAGCUAAAGUUCGCCAGGCAAAUUUGGAAGAUUAUGAAGAAACAAUAAAAAAAGCUAAAGAAGCUUGGCAAAUAUGGGCAGAGGUUCCUGCACCUAAACGAGGAGAAAUAGUGAGACAGAUUGGAGAUGCCUUAAGAGACAAAAUCAAAGUUUUGGGAAAUUUGGUAUCAUUAGAAAUGGGGAAGAUCUUUGUUGAAGGUGUUGGUGAAGUCCAAGAAUAUGUAGAUAUCUGUGAUUAUGCUGUUGGUUUAUCUCGGAUGUUUGGUGGAGCCAUGCUGCCUUCAGAAAGACCCGGACAUGCCUUAAUAGAACAAUGGAACCCUUUGGGAUUAGUUGGCAUUAUCACAGCCUUUAAUUUUCCGGUUGCAGUUUAUGGCUGGAACAAUGCAAUUGCUCUCAUCUGUGGCAAUGUCUGCCUGUGGAAAGGUGCACCCACAACAUCGCUCACCAGUGUGGCUGUUACGAAAAUAAUUGCACAAGUCCUAGAGAAAAACAAGCUGCCUGGCGCCAUUUGCUCUCUGGUUUGUGGUGGAACAGAUAUUGGCACUGCAAUGGCAAAAGAUGAGCGAAUUGAUCUGCUUUCCUUCACUGGCAGCACCAAUGUGGGCAAGCAGGUAGCUCUUACAGUCCAGGAGAGAUUUGGACGAAGCCUGUUGGAGCUUGGUGGAAACAAUGCUAUUAUUGCAUUUGAAGAUGCAGAUCUCAACCUGGUCAUCCCAUCUGCCCUCUUUGCAGCUGUGGGUACAGCAGGCCAGAGGUGCACAACUGCUAGGAGGCUGCAAACACCUUAUAUGGCCCUCUUCAUACAAAGGAAGCAGUUAAGAUGUUUCUUGGUGCAGUGGAAGUAGCCAAACAGCAAGGUGGCUCUGUUGUCUAUGGCGGGAAGGUUAUAGAGCGUCCUGGGAACUACGUUGAACCAACCAUUGUGAUUGGCCUUCCUCAUAAUUCUCCAAUUGUGCACACAGAGACAUUUGCUCCUAUUCUUUAUGUGCUCAAAUUUAAGACAGAGGAAGAAGUUUUUAGGUGGAACAAUGAUGUGAAACAAGGCUUGUCCAGCAGCAUCUUCACUAAGGAUUUGGGCAGAAUAUUCCGAUGGCUAGGGCCCAAGGGGUCAGAUUGUGGAAUUGUUAAUGUCAAUAUUCCUACCAGUGGAGCUGAAAUUGGAGGUGCAUUUGGAGGUAAUAAGCACACAGGUGGUGGAAGGGAAUCUGGUAGCGAUUCAUGGAAACAGUAUAUGAGGCGAUCUACCUGCACAAUUAAUUACAGCAAAGAUUUGCCUCUUGCUCAAGGAAUCAAAUUUAAUUAAGAGGCAGGUGGAAACAUUACCUUUGGUGAACCUUGCAGUAAGAAACCAAACAUUGAUUUCAAAUGCGCAGACAAUGUACCUGAAAUAUCAAGCAUCAAGGGUGUUUGUAACUGCUGCACUAGUCUCAUCCAGAAAAUUCAAAUCAUGUUAUGUACGCCAAUUAUGUUAAUCAUGUGCCCAGACUUUGAUUCUGUGCAGUGGGGGGCAGAUGAAGAGUUUGGCAGUGAAGUAAAAUUUGGAUUAUGAGCUACAAAAUUUGGAUUAUGAGCUGCACAAAUUCUAAAAUCCUCUUUUUGCCACAUUGGCAGUGCAAUGGCAGUCAAUGUGUUUGGAAAUAAUUUAUAUGAUACUGGCUUCACUGCAUAAAUAAACUUUAUAAAACUCUUGUUA